GAGUGUCAUUGGUUGUAAUCCCUCUGUUUUUCCUUGAAAAUGUUCGGAGUUGUCCUGGGUGAAGUAGACUUGUUCACUUUGCCUUUCCGCCUCGUUAUUGACACAUGUGUAUAUGUGUAUGUGUUUGCAAGACAUAAGUGUGCACUGCAUUUUCCAGCUAUAGUCCAGGUAUUCAGGAAUGGUUGGUUGGUCUGUCCUUCUCCCCACCUUCUUUCUAAAAGUACAAAAGUUUAGGCCACCUUACUCUUCUACACUGCACACUCCAGCUAUAGUCAAGGCAUUCAGGAUGGUUGGUUGGUCUGUCCUUCUCCCCACCUUCUUUCUAAAAGUACAAAAAGUUUAGGCCACCCUAC